UUAUUAUGCAGCAGCCAUUGCUAUCCCUCCUCCCUCGUCUUCUUCCUCUUCCUCCAUUCUUCUCUCUCUCCUCUAAAUGCAGCAGCUACCUCUCUCUCAUCCCUGAUAACCUCCCUCUCUGCUCCUUUCUCUUCAUGAAGCUCUCGCGGAUACUCCCACGAACUGUCCUGUAGAGCUGUGACGUUACUGUGGUGUUUUGCUUCAGUAAGAUUGCUAAAAAAACUAUGACUUUGGGAGGUUGGUUCACACAAGCAGCUUCUUCUCAAUCAGAUGACUCUGCUUCGGAUUUGGAGAGAAACCAUCACUGUAACAACCACAUGAGUCUUCCCUCCUCUUCAAGCCCAUCUUCUCUUCUUAAUCCAUUCGCAUUCAACAUCCAGCACGCGGAGAGCAACGCCCCUUACUUCUCCUGGCCUACUCUCAGCCGCCUCAACAAUGCUGUGGAAGACCGAGCUAACUACUUUGCUAAUCUCCAGAAAGGGGUUUUGCCUGAAAUCGUUGGGAGGUUGCCGUCAGGACAACAGGCCACCACCUUGCUUGAGCUCAUGACCAUCAGAGCGUUUCAUAGUAAAAUCCUGCGUCGGUUUAGUCUCGGCACUGCUGUUGGGUUCCGGAUCACGCGCGGUGUGCUGACGAAUACUCCGGCGAUACUUGUGUUUGUUGCUAGGAAAGUUCAUAGGCAAUGGCUUAAUCCAAUGCAGUGUCUUCCUUCAGCUCUUGAGGGUCCUGGAGGGGUAUGGUGCGAUGUAGAUGUUGUGGAGUUCCAAUACUACGGUGCUCCUGCUGCAACCCCAAAGGAGCAGGUUUACAAUGAACUUGUGGAUGGUUUGAGAGGAAGUGAUCCCUGCAUUGGCUCUGGUUCUCAGGUUGCAAGCCAAGAAACGUAUAGGACCUUGGGAGCUAUAGUGAAAAGCAGAACUGGUAACCAUCAGGUCGGUUUCCUUACUAACCGGCAUGUCGCAGUUGAUCUGGACUAUCCGAGCCAGAAAAUGUUUCAUCCUUUACCUCCAAGCCUUGGACCGGGGGUCUACCUCGGUGCAGUUGAGAGAGCAACAUCGUUUAUUACAGAUGACCAGUGGUACGGCAUUUUUGCUGACACAAAUCCAGAAACAUUUGUGAGAGCGGAUGGUGCAUUUAUUCCUUUCGCAGAAGAUCUCAGUAUGAGCAAUGUGACCACAGUGAUAAAGGGCAUAGGUGAGAUAGGCAAUGUUCACGUCAUAGACUUGCAGUCACCUAUUGAUACCCUUAUCGGGAAACAAGUUGUUAAAGUUGGAAGAAGCUCUGGAUACACCACUGGAACCGUCAUGGCUUAUGCAUUGGAGUACAACGACGAGAAAGGGAUCUGUUUCCUCACGGACUUUCUUGUCAUCGGUGAGAAUCAGCAAACUUUUGACCUCGAAGGUGACAGUGGAAGUCUUAUACUCUUAACGAGUCCAAACGGUCAGAAGCCACGACCUGUUGGGAUCAUUUGGGGGGGAACAGCGAACAGAGGACGGCUGAAGCUAAUAGCAGGGCAAGAACCUGAGAACUGGACGAGCGGGGUGGAUCUUGGUCGGCUUUUGGAUCUCUUGGAGCUAGAUCUCAUCACAUCAAACCAUGAGCUCGAAGCUGCUAGAGAACAGAGGAACACUUCGGUUACAGCGCUUGGUUCAACGGUUUGCCAGUCAUCCCCACCCGACCCGGUUCCAUCAGGAGGAGACAAACAAGAUGAGAACUUUGAGCCGUUUAUACCGCCUGAGUUUCAUAUAGAAGAGGCUAUCAAACCAACACCUGAAGUAGAGGAACAUGUGUUCAUUGCUCCUUUGUCGUUUAACGAGUCUACUUCUUCUGCUAGUAAAGAGCAAGAGAGACUCAAAGUUGAUGAUCUUGUCGCGUUAAAGAGCAGUUCUGAAGAAGAUGAAGAAGAAGUUAGCAUCUCGUUGCACCUAGGUGAGCCUAAACUAAAGAAACCAAAGUUUUUUUAGCUGAAAGCUAAGGGGAGUUAACCGAAAAUGGAUCCCCUAUACCAGUUCCCGGUCAAGUUUGGUUUGAUGGCAAAUUGAUUAAAUCACCCAAAAGUUUUAUGUCGUAAUUGUUCAUAGUAUCAUUAUUCUUUAAGGACGAAAAUAACAUUCGAAGACUGUAGCAGAACUGCAUGAACAUAUAAGUUCUACACUAAAUGUUAAACAUAAAUUUUACACU